AUGCAGGCCAUGGAAUUGGUCCUCCCCUAUCUAUCUAUCUAUCUAUCUAUCUAUCAUGCUAAUAUAGUUGAAUGCACUUCAUUUCCAAACUAUUAUCUGAGUUUAUAUCUUUCUUUUUUUAACAUUUCUCUCUUUUUCUUUCCAAAGUUUCAUUUUCUUUCUCUUAUCAACUUCAUUUUUCUUUCUCUUAUCAACUUCAUUUUUCUUUUGUUUCUUCAGUUUCUUUUUAGAUCUUCCAAACUCUCUUUCACUCUUUUCCUUCAUUUAUUCUCUUCUUUUUGCCUUUUAACUUUUUCAGUACUUCUUUUCUUUUUUUUAAUUUCUUAUGAUCUCUUUUCAUUUUCUUCCUUCCUUUCCUAUUAUUUCCUCUUCCACUGUCUUCUUUCCUUCUUAUUGCUGUUUCUUUUCUCAAACUUUACUUUUUUAAUAUAUUCUUUUCUCUGUCUCCCUCUCCUUUCUCUUUGCUCCUUCUUCCUCCCCCAUCUCUUUUUGCUCCUUCUUCCUCCCCCCCCUCUCUUUUGCUCCUCCUUCCUCCCCCACCUCUCUUUUGCUCCUCCUUCCUCCCCCCCACCUCGCUUUGCUCCUCCUUCCUCCCCCCCACCUCUCUUUGCUCCUCCUUCCUCCCCCACCUCUUUUUCCUCCUUCCUCCCCCACCUCUCUUUGCCCCCUCCCCCCCAUCUCUUUUGCUCUUUCCUCCCUUGCUUCCUCUUCCUCCUUUCCAUUUUUUUUGUGUGCCAACAACAAUUUUCAUUUGCUUUCCAUCAUAUGACCAUGUUCCAACUUACUCCUUCCUGA